AAAUGCGCAUUCGCAAAAUUGUUUUCCAGUUCCACAAAAUGGCCGACGACGACGUUGGAGAUGGGUUUGACGACGAUUUAGAACAAUUUGAGGAGGAAGAACCGCUUGAAGAUGUUGAUGAGUUAGAGCAAGUAGAUGAAAAUGGUGGCGGUUUUGAAAUCUUACCAGAUGGUGAAGAAGGAACUGAAUCAACAAGACAUGUGACAACUCCAUACAUGACAAAAUAUGAAAGAGCUAGAGUUCUUGGAACACGUGCCUUGCAAAUCAGUAUGGGGGCACCUGUUAUGGUUGAGCUAGAAGGGGAAACUGAUCCAUUGCAAAUUGCCAUGAAAGAAUUAAAAGCACAAAAGAUACCUAUUAUAAUACGUCGUUACAUGCCAGAUGGAAGUCACGAAGACUGGGGUAUUGAUGAACUUAUUAUCACAGAAUAAUAUCAAAGGAACUUUUCAUAUAAACCUCUAUGACUUCAAGGACUGUCUAUUGCACUUCAAUUUAGUUUAUUCAAUAACAAAAAAGGUUCAAGGCAAUAAUGCAGGUUCCCCUUUGUUAGUUCAGAGGUCUCUCUGUAGAUGCUUUUUGUAUAACAUUCAUUCCGACCAAUAACAACAAAAUGGUUUUUAAAUUUUGUUAUGUAUAUAGUUUUAUUGUUUCAAACCUACUUUUUUGUAUUCAUUUACUUAGACUUACAAUUUAGUUAUUCCAUCAUAAGUAACAAGUAAAAAGGUUUUACCUCGAUAAAAA